UUUGAGCUGAAAGUGCAUUGUGCUGUGUCUGCUCAGAGCUCCUGAUCUGAAACUGCACCAUCCACACUGAUUCAAGAUGUCUUUGAACGCCUCAAAGCUCAGUCUCAAAUCCACCAAACCUGAACAGGAAGUGGAAAUAGACGCCAUCAUGGACAACAUCAGUAUCAUCCUGUACACACUCACCAUCGUGUUGGGCAUCCCUGGAAACGCCAUGGUCAUUUGGGUGGCAGGGUUCAAACUCAAGCCUAAAGUCACAAAUGUGUGGCUGGUGAACCUGGCCAUAGCAGACCUGAUCUUCUGCUUCACUCGGAUCUCCUCUCUCAUCAAAAAGCUCUUUUUCGACCAUUGGCCUUUUGGAGUCUUCCUCUGCAAAUUCAAUGGCUUCUUCAAAUACACCAACAUGUUCUGCUCGGUGUUUCUUCUGGCUGUGAUCAGUCUGGAUCGAGCUCUCUGUAUUUGGAGGCCGCUUUUCACAAAAAUAAAUCGCACUCUUUUUGUGUCCCGGGUGGUGGCUGUGUGUGUGUGGGUGCUGGCUUUAAUUUUCAGCACGCCUUAUUUUAUGUACCGGCAAGUUUACCCGGGAAAAAACAACCUAAGCAAGUGCUCUUUUAACGUGAAGGAGUCUAAAAAUGGUGACAAUAGCAUUAAAUAUACUCUGUACGCAGUUCGUUUCCUAUGUGGCUUCGUGUUGCCAUUUUUCGUCAUUCUUAUUUGCUACAUCAUGGCUGGUGUAGGAAUCAAGCGCACCCGCCUGUCACAGAAGUCCCGCCCACUCAAGACCCUCGUCACACUGGUCAUCGCCUUCUUCCUGUGCUGGGCUCCGUACCACUGCCUCCUGCUGGGGAAAAUGGUGAACAGCAAGAACAUAGUGGUGAGGAUCUGGCAUCCCGUAGCGAGUGGAGUAGCGUAUUUUAACAGCUGUGUGAACCCCAUACUGUACUACUUCAUGGGAGUGAGUGCACGGAGCAGGUCUGGUCGGAGUUUGACAGGGGCGUACAAGAAGGUGCUUGGGGAGGAGGUGAACGAACCCAUCUCUCAGUCUGUGGUGGGGACAGUGGACAAAACUUGUGAAGAGACUGAAAGAAAGCGAUCCACAGAGGAGAUGGUGAAACUAUGAGUUAAAGAAAUAUUAUAUGAACUGACUGGUUAAUGUGUACAAAAUUUACUCAGGUAUUUUUGUGUGGUACCCGGAAUAUUAUAUAAUGUGUACAUGUGGCCCGUAGUGAAUGCAUUAUGCAGUUUAAAGGUGCACUGUGUAACUUUUCUGAGGGUACAUAAUUUCUCCAUGGAGAUGUUAUAUAGUAUAGCAAUACAGUUACCUAUUUCCAUGGAAACAAGUAGGUGAUGCCCCAAGGCCAAGUUGCUGGUCAGAUUUGUGGAGGGGUUGCCCCUUCACUUCGAGUAAGAAUUUAUGUUUUUCAUGGUAUUUUCUUAAAGCAAACAAAACCAUUUGUAGCUGAAUAAAUGCAAGAUAGACAGGACCAAAAACCAAUAACGUAAAUGGUGGACCCCUGUGCAGAAAAGUUACAUAAUGCAGCUGAGUUAAAUGUGAUAUUUGUCAUGUAUAUUAACAUGAAAUUACAGAUCAAAUGGAGGGUCACUAUGGGCCAACCUGUGUCUGUGUAGCAGCCAAAGAGAUCAAAAAUAUCAUACACAUUUGAUGUCUAAAUAUUUUGCUUUGUUAAUAUAAUUUGCUAAAUUGUAAUAUAACUGUUGAUAACAGUUGCUGUAGAUAAUAUUUUCAACACUAUGUAAAUUGCUUUAGACAGUUUGGGUCAAAUGCAGCUAAAAGUGCCUCUGUUCUUUAAAGAGAAAUAACAUACAUUGGCUUGUCUUGGUCUGGAGGUCACUUUAAUGUAUGUUGGAGUUUCCUAUCACUGACCCUAAAUUAAGACAAUACACAAAGCUUAUUCCAUUAUUGCUAGAUUGUGCAAGAUGAACAAUUGCACAACACUGGCUCGAUGACACAGAUUGCCUGUUUGGUUUAAUAAUGUUCUGCAAUUGUUUUCAAUGGAAAAAUCAACUUAUAUCUUAAAAGGAUUUUUUUUUUUUUUUUCAAAAUUUGAAACGUCACGCUUGAUCAUAAUGGAUAAAACUCAGCUAAAGUAAUCAUGAAAGGUUUGUUGAAACUGUGUAUGUAGGUUAGUGGGUAUGUGGGUGGGUGUGCGUGUCAGUGUGUGUGUGUCUGUGCAUGUGCAUGUGUGUGUGAGAAUGGAUAUGAGUGACCGGGUAUGACUGUAAACAUAUGAAUGUUGUGGACUAUGAGUAAGACAUUCAUAAGGGAAAACUUAUAACUUACAACUUUUUAGCUUAUAAAAGUUGAUUAUGCAUGAUAAUUAUUUGAUGCUUCAAAAAAUGUUUGAUUAAACCAUGAAAAAACAUUCAUAUAUAAUUUUCCAGUGUGUGACGGACAGGACAGGAAAUACAAUAAGCACACUGUUCAUGCAGUGAGAUCCAGUGUGGAUUGUGUGCCAGUGUGGUUUGUGUGAUAAGGCAUCUUAUGUUUUCAUAGAUAUAAUAACCAAAUGAGGCCAGACACAUGAUCACAGUCUCUCCCCCAGCAGCCCAAAUUAUGCAAACUAGAUCAAUGGAAACACUGUGGUUUGGUGUGAGCUGUUCAAAUGUCCUGUGAUGACAAAUACCACUGAAAAACAUAGACAACACAUAGAGGAAAAGAGCAAAGGGGAAGUGAGAUUGUUUCAAAGUUUAGUAUUGUCCCAGUGGCAGAGGCCUGUGUCUAAAGGUCACACUGCAGGGUACAAGAACUGAAACUUGUUCUGUCUUCUCUGGUUUUUAAACACUUUCUCCAUAAUGCUUGUUUUCUAUAUGGUAUUAAACAUGCCUCAUCACUUAAUGCUGCACUCUGUAACUUUUAUAGUCUUGUGUCAGUUACCAGCUUGUCUCCAGAGAGAUGUAAUUGCUUUGCCUAAAAUGUUUCACAGUUUAGCAAACGUAUCUAUCUUGCAUUUAAUCAAGUAUAUGUGCUUAUGUAUCACUACAUAUACAGUACCACAUUACUUACAGUGAGCAGCUCUCCUCUCCACAGACUUGACCUGUAACUUGACCCUGUGGUGCCACCUGCUUGUCUCCAUAGAGAUAGACAUGUCUAAUGCUUUACUAAGCAAUAGCAUAGGCUAUCCAUGGGGAUAAGUACGUGACCUCCAUAUCGUAGUGUUACUUAGGGGAUAAUUAUUAUGUCUCUCUUGGGCUAAAGGGGAUUUUCAGAUUAAACUAUUUAGAUGUGUUCAUAACAUUGUUGUUUGGGUGAUAUUCUAAACAUCCUUUUCCUCCUACGACUGGACUAGAGCAAAAACACUUUAUUUCUCAGUGGAAAAAUUGAAGUUGUAUACAAUUACUUAAAGCUACCCAGACGUGCCACCAGCUAAGGGAGUUGUAUCACUUGUUUGGACGACAGAUGGAAAUACUAUCAUUUGUCAUAUUUACACUGAAAUAGCAGAUGUUCCUUAAAGGUCCUGUAUUACAAUAAAUUGAUUAAUGUGAAUUUUAAGCUUUGUUGUAAUGUUGUUACCUUGUCAAAAAACAGAAUUGUAUAUUUUGUUUCAGUUUAUUUCACUUCAGUUCAUCUUUAUUCCAGAUUCAUGAUCCAUUUUUAAAACAGACAAGGACAAUGACAUUAGAAACAACAAACAUUUAUGUUUUUAAAAGACAACCACACAAGUGUCUUCACAUGUUGGACUGAUAUCUUAUUGCACUGAAUCUCAUAUUUGUGAGUGACAUUAUUAUUUCAUUGUCUGAUUUGUUCAGCCUGCAAAUAAAACUGUACAUUAAAAUUCUAAGUGCAUCUUGCAAAAUGUUCACUCGUGCAGUAACAAUCAUCUUCGUUGCACUUGUCCACUGUGUUUCAUUCACACAAUUGAGUAAUCCUUUAGGUUAGUCGGUCUACAUCUCUAAAGCUCAAGGCUGCACCUUGUGAUGUCAUGAAGUUUUCAUUGAAAUUAACAGCAACCUUUUACCUUUUUGUUUAGUUCAGUAGUGAUUGGCAGUUCCAGGGCUGAAAUAGUGUAUGGAAUAUAAAAACACUGUGGAGCAAGAAGGUUUUCAGUUUGAGAAAUAUGCAGGGUUUGUUUUAAACAUGUGUGGCCGUAGACUGGUCCUCAAUACAGUGAAUAAUUGAAAUAUGUGCAAGUUUAUCACAUUAGAAUGAGCUAUCAGACUUUAUUCAUGCCAAGAUCCUUAAAACCACACACUAAAUUAAAUUAAAUUAAUUAAAUAUCAGCUUUAUCAAGGUAGAUUUUCAACAAACUUGCAGUAAAAGGUUAAUUUCUAAUUGAUGCAAGGUAAUUCGGGCCAAUUCACCUGGAUGCCUGAGGGCCAAGAAAAAUUUGUCUGAGGGUCGCAUUUGGCCCACGGGCCGUAGUUUGGACAUGCCUGGCCUAUGUUUUUGAUGAUGAAACAACAUUAUAACAGAAAUCAGAAAAUAGUGUAUAAAAUACAGGCCAGUUAAUCACUAUGGCAACAAUUCUAAUUUUUCAUUAUUCAUCAUGAAUACCUGAAACAUGCAAAGUGUUUUUCAUGAAGCUCUAUAGUCCU